AGCACAAUGAGGAUCCGCUUUGCUCCAGUCCGCAUCCCCCUGGAGCGGAGGCUGCAGACCCUGGGGGUUCUGCAAUGGGUCUUCUCAUUCCUGGUUCUCGCACAGUGCUGCCUGGCUGCCUUCGUCUUGCUCCUGCUCACUAACUACUGGUACCUUGCUGCCAUUUACGCCGGAUGGUUGUAUUUGGACCGAGAGACUCCAGGGAGGGGUGGCCGGAGAUCAGUGUGGAUCCGGAACUGGCCUGUGUGGCGCUACUUCCGCGAUUACUUCCCGAUCACGCUGGUGAAGACGGCAGACUUGGACCCGAAACACAACUACCUCUUUGGCUUCCACCCUCAUGGUGUUCUGGUUGCCGGGGCAUUCGGCAACUUCUGCACUGAGGCCACCGGCUUCUCUCGACUCUUCCCUGGCCUCACCUCCUACCUCCUGAUGCUGCCCUUCUGGUUUAGGGUGCCUUUCUUUCGAGAGUACAUCAUGUGUGGAGGGCUGGUCUCUUCGGAGAAGUACAGUGCCACUUACAUCCUGAGCCAGGAGGGUGGCGGGCAGGUGGCGGUGUUGGUGGUGGGAGGUGCCCCGGAGUCGCUGGAUGCCCGCCCAGGGGCUCUGACGUUACGGGUGCUCGGGAGGAAGGGGUUCAUUAAAUUGGCACUGAAGACCGGCGCCCACCUCGUGCCGGUGUUUUCGUUCGGUGAGAACGAGCUCUUCAACCAAGUGGAGAACCCCCCUGGCUCGCUGCUGCGGAAGGUGCAGGAGAGGCUGCAGAAGGUGAUGGGCCUGGCCCUGCCCCUGUUCCACGCACGUGGGGUGUUCCAGUACAGCUUUGGCUUCCUGCCCUUCCGAAACCCUGUCCACACGGUCGUGGGAAAGCCUAUUCCUGUAGAGAAGAACUGUAGUCCGUCCCGUGAGGAUAUUGAGACUCUCCAUAAGGAAUAUCUGGAUCGUCUUGUUGGCCUGUUUGAAGACCAUAAGAGCAAGUACGGUAUUGAAGAGCACAGCCACUUGGUGCUGAUAGAAUGAGACUGGGCAGUGCCCCCACUUGGAGACUGGGCAGUGUCCCCACAUGGCGUCACCCACAACC